AUGCUCUCAAUACUGCUGGUAACAUCAUUAAUAUUAUUCAAUCGGCAAUUAUCUGUUCAUUCAGCCUCUCUUAGUACAGCUGAAACGACCUCAGUUUUUGAGGAAACGACUAUAGUAGAAGCAACAACAACAAAAACUCCUGUCUCGUUAGAAAAUGAUCAUGAAGAGAAGAUUGAUACAUCGAUUGCGUCAUCAUCAGAUGAUGUGAUUGAGUUAAACAUUGGCGGAUCAAAAUUGACCACAUUACGUUCAACACUGACAGUUAUACCGAGUUCAAAACUAGCUCGAAUGUUCAGCAAAUCAAAUGCGAAUCAAAAACUUCCGAUGGAUAAACAUGGUGCCGUAUUUUUCGAUUAUAACCCCAUGCAUUUCAGCUAUUUACUCGAUCAAUUACGAGCGCUCAAACGUAUGACGAACAAACCAAAAUAUCAAGUACAAUUUCAAGCUCCGUAUAUCAAUUCUCAAAUGAAUUUCACUCAUAUGCUUGUAGAUCUUGGUCUUACAGCCGAGUCGUUAUUAUCGCCCGCUGAAGGUACUCAUCUCAAUUUAACAAUUAGUUCUCUGAAUGGAUGGAAAGAAUGUUAUCAAAGUACUUACGAUAUUCCAUUCGAUUUCUCUGUUUUGAAGAAAGCUUGUAAUGGUAGUCGGCUUCUUGUUGCUUGUCGUCAUGCGAGUAACAAGAAAGUCUUAACACUUGCUGGUAUAGGACAACACGAAGAUGUUUCUAAUCCUUGCCUACCAAAGCAAUGUAAAACGAAUGGUAAAUUUAAGAAGAAAGCGAAAAAACCAGCAUGUUCAUCCAAUUACCAAUGUAUUACACAAGCUAAGCGAGGUGUUGGUUGGUAUAAUGCAAACAAUCAAACAUGGGGUUUCGUUCGUGGAUCGUUAUCAUUUGUUGUUGAUCCAUGUGAUUCAAGCACGUUAGAUUCGGAUUAUCGACUUUGUUGGACAUCACAAAAAGAUAUUGGCAAAGGCACGGGAGAUCGAUGUGGUAGUUCGAAAAAUUUACAAGAUUCAAAGAAAUGGGAACGUCUUAUUUACUCUAUCGCUUAG